AUGAGAAUCAGAAAGCUUUCGGCUAUUUUCUGGGCUACAUGCAUUAUUGCAUUUUUUUUCAUUUUAUAUAUCGUCACGGAUUUAAGCUUUAAAUUACCAAGUAUUAAGCCGGUUGGACUGGAUAUUGAUGACAACAAAUGGACAUCAUUUGAAUCUAAGUUAAGACACCUUGAGAAAGAACUAGACCAGCAUCAUGCAGUUGUUGGUGAAAUCAAAACAGCAGUGGACCAAAUUGUGGAGCAGUCUCACGAAAUACAUGUGCAACAGAAAAGACCGAAGAUGCCGAAAAAAGAGAAUAAGAUUCGAGAGUUUAAAGUCGUAGGGGAUGAGCCUCCAAGGAUGCAUAUAAAACUGAAUUCCUCUAGUUGCCCAAUCAAUCAAUUCACAUCUAAAACUGAUAUACAGAUGCUAUCAAUGUAUGAAAGGAUAAUGUUUGAUGAUAAAGAUGGGGGAGUAUGGAAACAAGGCUGGGACAUAGAAUACAAGGAUGAUCAAUGGAACCAAAAGAACAAGCUUAAAGUGUUUAUAGUUCCGCAUUCACAUAAUGAUCCAGGUUGGAUUAAAACUUUUGAGAACUACUAUAAAUCACAAACAAAGGCCAUAUUUACCAACAUGGUUGAGAAGUUAACAGAAGGUGUUGGAAGAAAGUUUAUUUGGGCCGAAAUAAGUUUUCUUUCACUAUGGUGGAGCCUUGAUGCCUCGGAUAAAGAAAAAUCGCUCUUUCGGAGCCUACUAAAAGCCGGUCAAAUUGAAAUCGUAACCGGGGGCUGGGUUAUGAAUGAUGAAGCGAACUCGCACUGGGUUUCCAUCAUACAGCAGCUGACCACCGGUCACCAAUGGCUUCUCGAUAACCUGGGCUACACCCCGAAGAACGCUUGGUCUAUAGAUCCUUUCGGUUACUCCAGCGCGCAGCCCUACCUGCUCAAGUUGGCUGGUUUCGAAAACUCAGUGAUACAGCGAGUACACUAUAGGGUGAAGAAGGAGCUGGCGUUGAACCGACAGCUCGAGUUCAAAUGGCGACAGUUAUGGGACGGCAACGGCAAAACCGAUAUGUUCACUCACAUGAUGCCCUUCUACUCUUACGACGUGCCACAUUCAUGCGGACCGGAUCCCAAGAUCUGCUGUCAGUUCGACUUCAAAAGGCUACCCGGGAACGGCGUAACGUGCCCCUGGGGCGUUGCGCCGAAGAAAAUCAUUCAGAAAAACGUUGCUGAAAGGUCGUUCCUGAUACUCGACCAAUGGCGCAAGAAGGCGCAGCUGUACCGCAGCAACGUCGUCAUGGUCCCGCUGGGUGACGACUUCCGCUACGACCGCUCGAACGAGUGGGACAACCAGUACCAGAAUUACGACGCGAUCAUCGACUACAUCAACAACAAGGACGCUUGGAACACCGAGGUACAAUUCGGUACCCUCCAAGACUACUUCAAGGCCGUCCACGAGGAGGUGAAGAUGUCCGACUUCCCGGUGCUGUCGGGCGAUUUCUUCACGUAUGCCGACAGGAAUCAGCACUACUGGAGCGGAUAUUACACGUCGAGGCCGUUUUACAAGAAUAUGGAUAGAACGCUCAUGGCCUACGUUAGGGCGGCAGAGAUAAUAACGGCGCAGGCGUGCUCCAGCGGGGCGGUCACCUACAUAAUGUCGCUUCAGCUGAGGGACAGGGUGGAGCAGGCGCGGAGGGCGCUCUCGCUGUUCCAGCACCACGACGGGGUCACGGGCACAUCGAGGGACGAGGUCCGCGAGGACUACGCCAAGAAAAUGCUAACGGCGAUCAAGUACAGCCAAUCGGUGAUACAACAGGCCGCGUACUACCUCCUGAAACAGCCGCCGAUACUGGAGCAGAGCCAGGAGGACAUAUACUUCGAGGUCGACGACCUCUGGCGCAGCCACGACGAGAUCCCGUCCAGGAUCACCAUAGCGCUGGACGAGAUGUCGCCGUCCAGGCGGCUGGUGUUCUACAACGCGCUAGCGUUCAGGCGGCAGGAGGUGGUCACCGUGCUGGUGACCUCGCCACAUGUGGAGGUCUUCGAUCCGGAAGGCAAUCCGAUGAUGGCGCAGAUCUCGCCCGUGGUACAAGGCGAGAAGCGGCUGGGUUUCGCCGCGAACAAGUUCCAGCUGUCGUUCCCAAUCUCAGUGGACCCGCUGGCGCUCACUAUCUACACCGUAUCGCUCAGGGAUAGCAUGAGCAUAAAUAAGUACACGUCGUACUCGCGCGUGCGCAUUUACAACGCGGACUACUGGACCGUCGACCUGCCGAGGAUGUUCGCCGUGGAGCAGCCCACCGAGCGGCUGACCGAGGACGUGAAGGUGCACGCCGGCGAGGGGGGCCGCGCGCUGGUCACCAGCGGCGGCCUGCUGAAGGCGCUCAUCUCGCCGGGGGGCGCCACCGUGCCCGUCCACAUGGACUUCGUGCGGUACGACAGCCAGAGGGCGGUGGACAACAACAGCGGCGGCUACCUCUUCAUCCCGUCGGGUCCAGCCGAGGUGCUCAAUCCGGAGCAGUUCCCCGAGAUGGUGGUCACCGAGGGUCCCUACAAGGCGACGGUGUACACCGGCCUCGUCAGCCCGAAGGCCGCCGAAAUCGUACUGGCGAUAACCGUGUACAACAACCCGUCGCUGCCGCAGACCGAAGUGGAGAUCAGCAACACGUUCCUCAUCGACCCUCAGGCCGAUGACCUCGAGCUCGGAAUUAGGUUCUCCACCGGCAUCAAGAACGGCGACGUCUUCUACACGGACCUCAACGGGAUGCAAAUGAUCAAACGGCGCUACUUUGAGAAGUUGCCACUGCAGGCGAACUUCUACCCUCUGCCGGCCGCCGCUUACAUCCAGGACGAUAGCACCCGACUCACCCUCUUAACCUCCACGCCCCUGGGAAUGGCUGCCCUGCAACCGGGCCAGAUCGAGGUAAUGCAAGAUAGGCGAUUGACUCGCGACGACAAUCGAGGACUGAACCAAGGAAUAUUGGACAACGUUAGGACUCGACACACUUUCAAGCUGAUCGCGGAAGCCGCUGUGCCUUGCCAGCGGCCCUCCGAGGAGCGGGCCAGCGGGCAGCUGACGCUGGGCGCGCACGUGUCGCAGCAGAUGCUGCUGCAGCCGCCGCUGGUGAUGCACCACGCGGCCAGCGAGAGCACCCCCCGCCCGGCGUACUCGCGCGCCGCCUCCAGCGCCGCUGACGUGGUGCUGGCCGCGUUCAACGCCCACGUCACGGCCGCCGACAAAGACGGCAAGCACAUUCACGGAAUGGGGGUCACACUGCAGAGGGUGCAUUUGGACACGUGCUACGGGAAUAAGACCGUCGCGGCGUCCUACCCUGUGGGAGAUGGACAGGUACGUCUCUCCGACUUGUUGGAGAUAUCGUCGGAUCGAGUCUACGACAGUUCGCUGACGUUUGUGAGGUUGCGGGACCCUGUGCCCCAGAGCGUCGUCACGCUCUGCCCUAUGGAGAUACGGUCCGUUUUCAUCAACCAAACACUGAGACGCGGC